AUGAUCAUUGACAAAGAAUUGAGGAAGAAGCAAGUUUGGGUAGCAUCUCAAAUGAAAACAGCUGAGCAAUCGUCCACCAUUACUUAUUUUCCAGCGUUACCGGAAACACACUUGGAUUGGUUGGAAGUGGGCGAUGCUCCGCUAGAAUGGAAUGGUGAGAACCCGCCAAAUACAAGCGGACAAAAGGAAGCGUCCAAAAAGAAAAGGGAGAAGGAAGACGCUCAAAAGAAGGCCCUCAACCAACCGAAGAAGUGGUUCGAGUUCAGCAAUGCUAUUGGUGGCUCGUGGCUGAAAGCAUCAACAGGUCCACCUAACCCCGAUGCUCCACUUCAUCUUUUGUUGGUUCGAGAUGGAAGAGUUGUCGAUGUGGUGAAAACGACAGUUGCCCGUUAUAAGAGUAUUCCGGAGUACUUUUUGUUUGCCAGAGGCCCAGGAUGGGGUAUCGACAUCCCCAGCAUUGUUGGACACCAGAAUUCUCUCUUUCAUGACGCUCAAAUUGGAGAUUGCGCGUUGCUGCAGAUACAACCGUAUCACAUGCUCCACGAAGAUUUCAAGGCUUCCCUUUCUGAUUUCUACACAAUCGAAACCCCCGACGAUAAUCAUCAUAAGGGCCUUGUUGACCUUGAUGUGGUCAAGUCCCAAAUUAAGAUUUGCGCCAUCCAAAAGACAUCUCCGACAUCGCGCACCACUGUGUGCUUCGAGCCACUCUCAGAGAUCAAAACUGAAGUGAAAGUAGGCGACAAACUUUGGCCAUCCAAUCCUUCUUUUGAUGGGUCCAUAUGGAAAAAGAGAGACGAAACAUUCCGACAACGGGAUCAUCAGAGAGUCCUGGGUUCCGCUGACGAUGAGCUGAAACAGCGUAUUGAAGAGUUGGAGGAACUGCUUCAACACAAUAAAGAUAUUCGGGAUAUUCCUGGCCGCCGAGAGGAAUUCCAGGACGAGAUCCGAAAGAAGCAUCCUUACGUUUGGAGCGACACGAAUGUUGCUAUGAAUGGUUCGUGGAUCAAGGCUUGCACCUGGCCUCCGCAGGGUGACAUGCCAGUUGAUAUGCUUCUCUUACGAGAUGAACAAGUGGUAGAAAUCAUUUCUACCACUCUGAGCAAAUUGGAUAUAUUUGGACCUUACAAUCAUGGAGAGUACAGCGGCGAAAAGUCAAUGGUGGGGAGCCACCCAGGAUGGGCAAUCAAUGUGAUGACAGCAUCCUGUGUUUUCUCUGGAGGACUUGAGAUUGGUGACUGUGUCAUGUUGAAAGUUCCUCCUCUCACUUGUGAAGGUGGAAAGAUAGUCACCUAA